AGCACCGCUAAUAGGAGUUGUUAAUAGCAAUCUUCAAAUAGCAAUAAUAAUCCUCUAAUGGCUGCCACCAAUCCAAUGUUAAUUGUUAUUGGAGUGCUGAUAUUAACGCUGACUAUACUCCAAACAGAAGCAACAAUUGGAGUAUGUUAUGGAAGAAAAGGACAAAACUUACCAUGUGCGCAAGAAGUAGUAAAUCUCUAUGAUUACCAUGGAAUUGAAGCAAUGAGACUAUAUGAUCCUGACCAAGACACACUCCAAGCAUUACAAUCUACAUGGAUUACACUCAUCUUAGGCACUCUUAAUGAAGACAUUCAACAAUUAGCAUCCAACCAAUCAUUCACUAAAAAGUGGGUCCAAACCAACAUUAUUCCUUAUAAAAAUUCAAUUAAAUACAUUUCUGUUGGAAAUGAAAUACACCCAUCUGAUCCACAAGCCCCCUUUAUAUUACAAGCCAUGCAAAGUAUCCUUAAUUCACUUAAUCAAAAUAAUUUAGGUGAUAAAAUUAAGGUUUCUACGGCCGUUGAUACAAUCUUGAUUGAGAAUUCAUAUCCACCCUCGGAUUCUCGUUUUAAAAACUUAACUUAUAUUACUCCAAUAAUUAAGUUUUUAGUCGAUAAUGAUUCACCUUUAUUGGUUAAUAUUCAACCAUAUUUUUCUUAUUUAAACGACCCAAAAAAUAUUAGACUUGAUUAUGCAUUGUUUAAGGCAUGUGGGACCGUUUUUAUUGAUGAUAAUAAUGGGUUAAAGUAUCAAAAUUUAUUUGAUGCGAUAUAUGAUGCAAUGUAUGUAGCUGUUCAGAAGGUUCUAGAUGGUUCGUUAACUGAAAAAUUGGCGGUUAAUAACAGUAAGAAAAACCAACAGAAGAAAAAGAAAGUGAAGAUUGUUGUGUCAGAAAGUGGGUGGCCUUCUAAAGGUAAAUUUCAUCAUGGGAGAAAAUUGGGUAAAAAAGAUGAGGUAAUGGUAAAAGAUGAGUUGGGAUCAUGUGGGGAAGAAUCAAUUAGGGGUGAAGCUGCUACAAUUGAAAAUGCUAAGAUUUAUUACACAAAUUUGAUUAAUCAUGUGAAGAAAGGUAGUCCUAUGACACCAGGGGAAGGUAUUGAGACUUAUUUGUUUGCUAUGUUUGAUGAGAAUGAAAAAAUUGGUGAUGUAAGUGAGCGUAAUUUUGGACUUUUUACACCUGAUCAAGAACCUAAGUAUGGUGAUCUUGACUUUUGUGGUUGUUAGUCGUUGUCAUCAGCAUAUUUAAUGUGUCUCAGUCGUUUUAUUUAUAGAAGUUAUGAUUAGGGUUUGAUGAAGAUGGAAUCACUAGGGAAGGUUUUUAUAAGUUAAUAAGGUUCUUCUAGUUGUACUGUAAUACCAAAGUGGGUCUCAUAAUAGACCGUAUAUUUAUGUGGAAGAGAUAGCAAAAUAAUAAUGUGGAAAGUAAAAUUUAAAAUGGUAUUGAACAAUUAAUGCUUAAA